AUGAAGCUGAAGCUGAUCGGGACCGUGAUUCGGGUUGAAGGGCAUAUCAGUUUUGGGUCUAAUUUGGCGAUGAUGAUGAAUGAUGAUGAACCGCCCCGAAGGAAACCCUUGGCUAAUCUGGAUUUUGGAGAUCAAGACCUUACCGAUGACUUUAGAGACGCGCACGAUGGUACUCAUUCAUCUACCUCUGGGAUAGGUCAUCCACGUGGUAGCACUCCUCUCUCUAUCCUUAGUUCUCGUCGUUCAACAUCAUCACGUCGAUUUUCAAAUCAAAGUUCAAGUUCAAAUCGAACUGGUUUAUUACCUAACAUGAGUGCUCUUUUGGAUUUUCUUGAUAGUGAUAAUUUGGUUUCUUUCAAUACUACAUUUCAACCUAGUCCUUCUCGUGAAUCAGUUCAUCAUCCUACGCCUGGUCCUUCUCGAAUCAAUCUUUCUCCAAGAUCUGAAAGCUUGCAGUUAUCUUCAUCAAAACAAACAUCUUUGAAAGGAGAUGCUCGACAUUCUGAUCGAGAAGCCACAACUCCCCCAUUCAGCCCAGAGGCUCAUAACCCCAAGCUAGGAUAUCCUACUCCUUCACAUGUGAUGAGCAAUCAUCGCCCAUCAUCUCAAAGAUCAUCCCGGCAUAGUAAUAGUCCAAGACCUCAAAGUUCACUAUCCAAACUUAAAUCUCGUACAGAUUCACCCGACAUUCUUGAUGAAACCCAUUCUAAAACAUCAACUCGAUACCGAGAGAAGAAUUUGAUGAGAACUCAGGAACAAAGACGUGAUAGUGGUGUCACAAGGAUUCCAACUGCAGCAGAUCGAAUGGCGGCAGCAGUCAUGGAAGGUGCACCAGAUGCACGUUGGAAUGUCACACUGGCAGAUCAUAUUCAAGCUCCUACUCCUAUCAAUCCUGCUAUUCGAAGAUCUAAAGUGGUUGAAGAAUUACUUCAACCUAUUCAACCUUUGGUUUCUGCUCAAGGUUUAAAUCAAGAUGGUUCAGGUAGCUUGGAAGAUAGUGAUCUACCACAAUCUUUGAUAGAAGAAACCAGGGGUGCGCGAUUUGCUGGUGCUCAGAUUCAUAAUCCCCUUCCAUCAACCUUUGUCACACCUGCUCGUCCUAUGCCUCAUCCUACUACGCAAAACGAUAAGGAAACGGAUCUGGAUAUCCAUACCUUGUUGAAUGCACAUCGUGAUCGAGACAGACCCAAUUCUCAUUCGAAUCUUGAGACUGAAAUGGCUGAUAUCAGUCGAUUGGUACCUAAGAUAAAACAGCAUGAUACGAUGGAUAAGCGUGUCAAUGAACUCCUUUCUCAUAUUCGAGCGGAUCAGGUUGUGAAAACAAAUUUAGCGGUUGCAUUGGCUGAUGCUAGAUCAGAAGUUUCAGCUUUACGUGAUGAAGUUCGUUUGUUAAGGAUAGGAGUUCAAAAAUUAACCGAUGAAAGACCAUCACAUCAUCAUCAUUCGGCCGAUGCUCGACUUGAACAUCUUGAUCAUUUACGUGAUGAAGAUGAUUGUCGAAAAAAACCUAAUCAUCGAUAUCCUACUACUAAUCAGAAUGAACUUGAAGAUGAAUUGAGGGAUCUCACUCCUACACAUCGUCGUCAUACAGAAACAGGGUUAGGAUUCUUUCUUUUCACUGUGUCAUGUGUACAGCAAGACUGGAAAACCAACUGA